UCUCCAAAACUCAAUCAAAAGCUAUGCAAGAUCCACCACGACCCGCUACAGGUUACCCAUACCCAUACCCAUACCCAAACCCACAACAACCACCACCCACCAACGGUUACCCAAACGCCGCCACCGGAACCGCUUACCCCUACCAAAACCACAACCCAUACUACGCACCACCUCAACCAAACCCACGCGCCGUCAUACUCCGCCGUCUCUUCAUCGUCUUCAUGACAUUCCUCCUAAUCCUAGGUCUAAUCCUCUUCAUCUUCUUCCUAAUCGUCCGUCCUCAACUCCCAGACGUUUACCUAAACUCACUCUCCGUCUCCAAUUUCAACGUCUCCAACAAUCAAGUCUCUGGUAAAUGGGAUCUUCAAGUCCAAUUUCGAAACCCUAAUUCAAAGAUGUCACUUCACUACGAUGCUGCUUUUUGUGCUAUGUAUUACAAUCGUGUUUCUCUAUCUGAGACUAGGUUACAACCGUUUGAUCAAGGAAAGAAAGAUCAAACGGUGGUUAAUGCGACUCUCUCUGUUUCUGGUACUUAUGUUGAUGGGAGAUUAGCUGAUUCUAUUGGGAAAGAGAGGAGUGAUAAAGGAAGUGUUGAGUUUGAUUUGAGGAUGAUUUCUUAUGUUUCGUUUCGAUACGGUGCGUUUCGGAGGCGGAGAUAUGUUACGGUUUAUUGUGAUGAUGUUGCUGUUGGUGUUCCGGUGAGUAGUGGUUCAGGGAAGAUGGUUGGUUCAGCUAAAAGAUGCAAAACUUAUUGAACUUAGUGAGUAUUAUUCUCUUUGGUUACUUUAGGGAUAUUAUCUUAACUAAUCUUUUGUAAAUCGACUAUGUUUUUCGAUUUGGAUGAUGGAAAGAAUGGAAAAAGAUUCAGUUUUUAGCUUUCUUAUUAGUAAUGUUUUGUUGAUGUUUCAAUUCUUGAGGAUGAUUGAUUAGUACUUUUGAGUUUCUUCUAUUGACAUUACUAAUGAUAUGUUUGGAGUUCGACUUAUCGCGUUUGGUAUGAUGUCAAAGAUGGGAACUUAAGAGAUUGUGGAAUGUUUGAGUUACUUUUGAGAUUGUAUUAUAGUUGAAUCGUUAGGUUAAGUAAUAGAUAAUAGGGAUGGUU